CGAAAAUACUAUUUUCACUUUCGGUUUGAACAGGAGAAUUGCUGACGCAGAAAUUGGCUAUAUUCUUUAAAGGAGGAUACUUGAACAAUGUGGCCCGUAAGUUACAAACGCCCUACAGAUGAUAUGGUAUACCAAGCAGGGGCCAAACGACAAAAAACUGGCAGUGAGAGAGAUAAAAGGAAGCGGUUCAUUGACGACAUGUAUGACAGACUAUCUCUUGAUGCCGAAGAUAAAAAGAGGUCAAGGGCUUAUGUUGAUAAAAUACUUGGAGAAAUCAUUAGCCAUGUCAGAAAGCAGGAAGAUGGCAAAAUAUAUGGUCACCAAAUCGUAAAAGCUGGAAGCUAUCCUAUUAACGCAAAGAUUGGCAAAGCUGACGAAUUUGACACCAAUAUACUUCUUAACCUAGAGCCAAAAUGUGUUGACCGAAGCGGACACGUCAAGUAUAUGUUCAUGGAAGUCGGUAAUCAGGGUGCACAUGCAUCUAGCAUGUCCACUGACCUUAGGCUCGUCAAGACAGAUGAUGGUGAAAGUAUACCAGAUGGAUACGCUGUUGUUGGAGUUUACAAGAGUGAGAUACCGUCAAAAUUUGUACAUUAUGCAGAGACAUCCUCCAGAUUUCUCCAAACGGGAUCAGCAACAAGUUCAAACUUCCUAACUUUCCCAACAGCACACCCAAACUUCCUAUUUGGAGGCGCACUCCGCCAGCCAAACUAUUUCUAUCCAUGGUCAUCGGCAUCCUACCUGGCUGCAGGGGAACCGUCUUACCUCUUACCUAGACAACUAACAGAUACAGUGGUCAUUAACAAAGGUCCACAGUCUGAAUGCAUUCACAUCAUACCACGAGAUGUGAAACAGGACCUGCAUCAAAAAAUCAAGAAGGCCAGGAAUGAAUUGGAUUUGAAAGAUGUCAGCAUAAAAAACACGGCACAAGGUCCAGCGUUAACGCUUACGAUAUCUCCAAACAGAGAAUUGGGUAUCAGUCACGAAAUAAGUGUAGAUGUCACAGUUUCCUUGAAAUGUUCAGCCAAGCUUGACUUUGAACAUUUUGGAUGGCCAAGAGCAAAAACGAGAAAAGCAUUUGAUCAGGACGUCAUUGAUGCUGCAAUAGAAGCCGGAAUUCAUCUGGUUCCCAAAAAGGAUCUAUUUUGGUCUAUAUCAUACUCGCGUGCUGAAAGGGCACUCUUAUCAAGUAUUGACAGAGAGUUUGGAUGUAGAAAGCGUGUGCUUAAGUUACUGAAGAAGUAUGUUGAGAAAUGCAAAUCUGGUUCAACAAGCAAACUGCCUGGAAUUAGUUCACACAUUCUGAAGACACAGAUACUUUGGUCAUGUGAGAUACAUGCAGACGACAAUAUUGACUACUGGAAUUAUAACAACAGAGACGAAUGUCUUCUGAAUACAAUGAUGGAACUGGAAAAUUCUUUAAGACGAAGGGAAAUUCCUGAAUAUUUCAACGACUCUCUCAAUGUACUGGUCGGGAAGAAACUUGUUGUAGUUGAUGAACUUGCAGACUAUUUAAACAAUGAGAUGAGGAAGAUAAAACAAAUGAUUUGAGAUAUUUAAAAUUGUCAACAAAUUACCAAUUGAUUUAAGGACAGUUAGAUACAUAGUUACUCACUGCCUUACAUUUUAAUGAUUUUCAUUUUUCAUUUAGACAAGAUGAUCGGUCUUCUUUACAUACAAUGUAACUGUAUGUUUUGUCUUUUUGCAAACCUCAUUUACUGUUAUCAGUGUACAUAUCUAGAUACGAAUCCUACGGACAAUUUGGAUUUAGUCACAAUGAACUGAUCAUCCCUUUAGGUAUACAAUGUCCAACUAUUAGUUCAAGUUAAUGGCUGUUAUUAAUUUUCUUUAAGGUCGGCUAUUGUAAUUGUCCAAUGUCCGAUGUCCAUCCAAUGCCUGCCAAUAACAUUUAGAUUAAACUAAUCUGUCACCUAAAUUGAUAUAAAUGACAUUUUCUCAUAUUUUAUCGACUGAAUACAAAAUGUAAUGUUUUCACAAAUGUGUACCUACUCAGUCAACACGUACAUCGAAUGGUUUAUUUAAUUGUUGAUGAUAUUAGGCCAUAAAUACACUCAUUGAAGCAUAUAAUUCAUUGCUACAUUUCAGUGUAAGCAAAUGAAUAUCACGAAACAAAGGCUAUUAAAUAACUCUUAUAGAAACUAUUUAGGCUAUAAUUUGGUAAAGAAAUGUAUUUUGAUAUAAUAUCAGACUAAUUAAAUCGUAUAUGAUAUGAUGAAUGUCAAGGACCUGAGACAAUAGUUUCCGUCUAUUAACAUGAUGUAUCAGUUGUUAGGAACGAAAAUGAAUCCGGGAUUCGAAUAUAUUCCAGCGGCAAAUAUAAUGACAUAUUCAGUCUUCUGUCUAUAGUCAAAAAUGUAGUAUUCCAAAGAUUUUGUAAAUAAAUUAAAUUAAAAAAA